GUUGGUCCGCACAGGCCGGAGGGCGCGGAGCCGGCUCGGGAACCCAUGGAAGCGGCUGUGCCGCUGCCCCCGGUCUAUGUCUGCAGCCCAGAGUACCUGGCGCUGUGCGACUCGCUCUGCAAAGUGCCUAAACGGGCCAGUAUGGUGCAUUCUUUGAUCAAAGCAUAUUCCUUACUUGACCACAUGAGAUACCACCACCAAGCGACUGAAGCGCUGAUCAAAGGAGAGAGCCUGGCUGAAGGGCAACUAGCCAGCCUGUGGAUAGUCAAGCCCAAAGUGGCUUCCAUGGAGGAGAUGGCAAGCUUUCACACUGAUGCCUAUCUGCAGCACCUCCAGAAGGUCAGCGAGGAGGGGGACGAUGACCACCCAGAGUCUGUGGAGUAUGGACUAGGUUAUGACUGUCCAGCCACUGAAGGUAUUUUUAACUAUGCAGCAGCUGUAGGAGGGGCCAGCAUCACAGCAGCCCAGUGUCUGAUGGACGGCAAGUGCAAGGUAGCGAUUAACUGGCCUGGAGGGUGGCAUCAUGCAAAGAAAGAUGAAGCUUCUGGCUUUUGCUACCUAAACGACGCCGUCCUGGGCAUCCUGUGGCUGCGUCGGAAAUUCGACCGCAUCCUUUAUAUUGACUUGGACUUGCAUCAUGGGGAUGGUGUGGAAGAUGCCUUUAGUUUCACCUCCAAAGUCAUGACUGUGUCUCUGCAUAAGUUUUCACCAGGAUUUUUCCCAGGAACAGGAGAUGUGUCUGAUGUUGGCCUGGGGAAGGGGCGAUAUUACAGUGUCAACGUACCUAUCCAGGAUGGCAUUCAGGAUGAGAAAUAUUACCAGAUCUGCGAGACUGUGUUGAAGGAGGUGUACAUGGCGUUCAACCCAGAAGCGGUAGUCCUGCAGCUGGGAGCAGAUACGAUAGCUGGGGACCCCAUGUGUUCAUUUAACAUGACUCCAGUGGGGAUUGGCAAGUGUCUGAAGUAUGUUCUCCAGUGGCAGCUGGCUACUCUCAUCCUGGGAGGAGACAGGAGGCUACAACCUUGCCAACACAGCCCGCUGCUGGACAUACUUGACCGGGGUCAUCCUGGGGAGAACGCUACCCUCCGAGAUCCCAGAUCACGAGGGAUCAAAGAGACACUGCUGUGGUCCUGCUUAGAUACCACAAACAGAACCUAGUCAUUUUACUGAGGCACCUCCUCGCCUUCUCCCAGAGCCCUGAGGAGCCGCAGCUCAGCACUGUCUGGGGAACAAAAGAGACUUUGUACCUGCUGAAUAAACUCUACUCCACUCCCGACUCCACCAGCUGCCACGAUGCUGCCAGAAGUGAGCAAACAGGAGGCCUGCCUUUCCAAGACCAUGCAAGGGGGUUGGGGUGGGGAAGAGAGAGAUUUGCAUUUAGGAUGACAAAAAAAAAAAGCCAAUCACAAAGCCUGAUUGUAAGCAUAGUGUAGCCCUUUUGUUGUUUCCCCUGUGUGUGUUUGGGCUUGUUCUAGUGUCUCCUUGCUGCUUGGCGCCUUCUACCUAUGAGGCUGGCUAGCCCCGGGGAUUGCUUUUUAAAAAAUGAAACUAUUCAAUGAAGGUGAGGCAAACAGGGAGCCCUCUUCUGAAGUCAGCUUUUCUACCCUUCCACUGGGCAAACUUUCAUUCUAACGCCAGCACAGCAUGUCUGGGACUUUCCUUCUACUGAGCUACAAAUGGAGGUUCCUUUAUAUCUCAGCUCACUGCAAGGGGGGGUUGCUCUCUUACUUCCUGUCCUAUACCUAUGCAACCUGAAUUCAGCCCCCUUGUGCAUACGCAUUAUGAUGCAGUCUUUAGUUACAUGAUUACAUGCUGUUUUUUUCACAGGGCCCCUACCUUAUGGUCUUUUUUUGUGAGCCACAGAGAGCGUAAACUGUGGGUGUCUGAUUUUGAAAUUCCUAGGACUUAAUUUUACAGACUUAGCAUUACAUAGCACUUUGUAUUUUCAGAGCACAGCUUCUAUUGAUUUCAGCUGUAGCUGCAAGUGCUCAGCACUUCUGUAAAUCAGAUCCCUUUCUCUUCCCACAGUCCUCUCCCUCAUUCAUGAUGCACUUUCCAACUUGUGCAACAAGCGAGGUAGGGGUCCUACACAGCAGCCUUCUUCAGGUCACAGCCCCAGUGUCUCCCGAGAGCACUAUCCAUCCUGGGUGCUGAAUGAGGCGAGGGGCCUGUGGAAAAAUAGUAACCAUAAAACAAAUCCAGAGAAGUGAGGUCUAAAUUGAUGUGUUUGCAACUUUUUUAAUGAAUCACUUUAAACCAGUGCGACUUCUGCAUGUCUAAGAACUGCACUGCUAGAUAGACCUCCUCCAUACAGCCAGCAUUUGAAGAGGGCAGUAGUUAGCCCUGUGCCUAAUUGGAAUAUAGUGGCAUUGGGCCUACCCUGCUAAACCUAGGAGUGCAUAUGUAGCAUUUUGGUCACUCUCUGCAUGGAAAAAAAUGUUUAUUAGGAGUGACAGAGCAAGACUGAAGGUUGCCAACAGGUAACAUUGGACUGGUAACGAUCACUAAUGGCUUCUCUAAAAACCAGGUUCACUAAAAUUAGACAUUUGGGGAGACAGGGAGGGAAGCGUACUGGAGUAGGUCUUAUCUAGCCCUCCCUGCCGAAGCGAACUCUGGCCACUGCACGAAUGAUCCCUUCAGUUGACUCUCUAGGGUUUUAUUCAGUUUUACGUGAUGGAAACAAUGAGAUUUCUACCACUUCCCUUAGGAAAAUAUUCCUCCUUUAAAAAGAUUUCCAUAACGGGAAAUGCUCAGAUACUCUGCUUGAUUCGCUUUGUUUAAUUUCAUCCCACUACCCCAUUCACCCUUGGACCAGACUGUCCUUUGUGUUUACACCCUUCACUUCUCUUGUUGUUCAGUGUGCACUCUAUUCUAACCUUUCCUCCAUCAGUAAAUCUCUUUCUUCCUUUCUUCCUUCCAAAUUUACAUUGUGAUUUAAUAGUUAUACUUUUGGGGGGGCAAAUAAAAUGUGACGUGUGCAUCUGCUCCUGAUGAACCUGGGAAUGACUCCCCUCUCCCAUCAGCUUGCAGUUUAAUCUAGAGGACACUGGGCAAUGGGUACACUGGAAUUUACCAGAAACCUAAUGACCGCUAUACUUACCUACAUGCCUCCAGCUUCCAUCCAGGACGCACCACACAAUCCACUGUCUACAGUCAAGCUCUAAGAUACAACCAUAUAUGUUCCAAUCCCACAGACAGAGACAAGCACCUACAAGAGCUCUAUCAAGUAUUCUUAAAACUACAAUGCCCACAUGCUAAAGUGAAAAAACAGAUUGACAGAGCAGGAAGAGUCCCCAGAAGUCACCUAUUACAGGACAGAUCCAAUAAAGAAAAUAACAGAACGCCACUAGCAGUCACCUUCAGCCCCCAACUAAAACCUCUCCAGCGCAUCAUCAAAGAUCUACAACCUAUCCUGAAAGAGGAUCCCUCACUCUCACAGAUCUUGGGAGACAGACCUGUCCUCGCUUACAGACAGCCCCCACAACCUGAAGCAAAUACUCACCAGUAACCACAUACCACAGAACAAAAACACGAACCCAGGAACCUAUCCUUGCAAUAAAGCCCAAUGCCAACUCUGUCCACAUAUCUAUUCAAGUGACAUCAUCAUAGGACUAAUCACAUCAGCCACGCCAUCAGGGGCUCAUUCACCUGCUCAUCUACCAAUGUGAUAUAUACCAUCAUGUGCCAGCAAUGCUCCUCUGCCAUGUACAUUGGCCAAUCGGACAGUCUCUAUGCAAAAGAAUAAAUGGAUACAAAUCUGACAUCAGGAAUCAUAACAUUCAAAAACCAGUAGGAGAACACUUCAACCUCUCUGGUCACUCAGUAACAGAUUUAAAGAUGGCAAUCUUGCAACAGAAAAGCUUCAAAAACAGACUCCAACAAGAAACUGCUGAACUUGAAUUAAUACACAAACUAGAUAUCAUCAUUUUAGGCUUGAACAGAGACUGGGAAUGGCUGAGCCAUUAUACACAUUGAAUCUAUUUCCCCAUGAUAAGUAUCCUCACACCUUCUUGUCAGACUGUCUGAAAUGGGUCAUCUUGUUGAUUAUUACAAAAGUGUGUUUUCUCCUGCUGAUAAUUGCUCAUCUUAAUUAAUUAGCCUCUUAGAGUUGGUUGAGCAACUCCCACCUUUUCAUGUUUUCUAUAUGUGUAUAUAUAUCUCCUCACUAUAUGUUCUAUUCUAUGCAUCCAACGAACUGGGCUGUAGCCCACGAAAACUUAUGCUCAAAUAAAUUUGUUAGUCUCUAA